CGACGGUGAUGCGCCAUGAAGCCCAUCACGUUCGAGAACUUGCGCCGCCUCGUCGGUGGCGGCCGCAAGAGCAAGAAGGACCGCGCCGAGUCGUCUUUCAAGCGCAGCGAUUCCUUCAAGCGCAUUUCCAUCAAGAGGAAUUACCUGGAGCGCGGAGGAGGAAAGGCCAAACAAGCUGCCAAGGCGGCGGCCGCCGCCGCCACGGCGUCUGCCGUAGGGGGCGGUGCGGAAUCCGCCGCACAACCGGAGCCGGCCUCGCUGGCGGCGGAGACCACCAGCAAGUUGGUGACGAUAGCCGACGAGGAACCGGACUCAAUGGUGAUCGGCUACAAUCAGUGGAUUCGUGGUAUGCGCGACGGCGGUGCGUCAACGGCUGAAGGCAGCGGAAAGGUGCGGAUCUCGGUAGAACCGGCGCCAUCCACGGCUGCCUCCCGACGUCCGCCGACGCCACCCCCGCGUCUCACGAAAGAUUCUGGGUCGGUGGAGAUCUUACGUUUCGAGCGUUCUCCUGUGUACACGCGGAGGCAACCGCGCUGUUUCCGAGGUGACGAUUUGGGACCUAGUGCGAGUGCUAGUGUGGGCAGCAGUCGGCCGGACUCUGCGCUUAGCGUCAGCCUCGGACGGGUAUGGAUGGACGCGCCCCUCGCAAUGGCUCCGCGCAGCCUCGAGUUACCGCGUCCGUCGCCGACAUCGUCGUCUGGUGGCGCCUUGGAUGGUGGUGCUGGCAAAAGAGCACAUCAUUCCCUCGACUCGGCGCUAAAGGAUCAUCAUCGUUUUCAACCACGCACCAUUUCACCCGCCGUGUCUUCUAGUAAGGAUUCUGGUUUCUCAUUUUCCAAUCCGAGACUCAGUGACGCUCCACUACCUUCUCCGCCACCGUUUAGUCCCCCAUCCAGUGGCGGAGGCUUCUUCCGCAAGAAGAAGCCAGCUGUCGCGAAACCGAAACCUAGUGUGAGUCGCGAUGGCUACUUCAAGAGGACCAGUGGUGCUAGCUGUUCCGUGAGACGUAACAGCAGCCGCAAGAGGAAAGGCGGUGGUGGAGGACAGCGCCGUAAGGGACAGCAGUCGAAUACAGCCCGGUCUGACAUGUAUCAGGUAGUUAUUAGUCGACCCCCUCGCUCACUGGCGGCGCUCAAACUCGAUCCCAUGAUCUUCGUACCACCAGAGAGGCGAAGCGCUCGCCGUAACAACCACAAACCAGCUAAAUACGAAGUGCGGGAAAUUCGCGACUACUGUGCGCCGCAUGACUCCACUCAUUAUCCCCUGACGCUCGGUGGACUGGAUGACGACGACGAUGACGAUGACGGACUGUACGAAAGUAUUCUGGGAGACUAUCACGAUAAACAGUGCGACAGUGCAGAGCGGCAGUACCCUCCGCUGCCUCCAACCCGUGAAGCGACAGAUGGAGACUCCAAUGCGCGGUUAGGCGACGAACCAGCACAGAUGCCAUCUCCUGCACCGGGUCCAGUGAGGAGCAAUAGUUCUGGGGAUAACACUUCGCGUUCCUUGGGAGAAGGGGAUAAAUCGCGACCAAUUUUACGACAUAGCAAAAGCCAUGACGUGGGCGAAAUAAGUGCACGACCGAUCAAGAAAGGCGAACGCUCACGCAGUGUUGUUUCUCUUUUGUCUACAGAACAAUUAGAAAGACAACCCGCGAGUUACUUACCGGAACUUCCUGUGGCAGCUACUUUCAUUACCCUAACUGGCGACGUUGCAUCGGAGUCCGAUGAUGAACCACCUACGCCCCCCGUGCGAGUGACAAGUGUGAAACAGAUUCAGUGUGUUACGGUAGUGGAAAAUAGCGAGUCAGAAGAAACAUCGGAAGAAGAGACGUAUGUCCCACUGGGCGUGUCUCCCGUGCCCCGGCGACGACCAGUGCGGAGGAAGAAGUCACAGCAGCUGCGUGGCAGGAACGCCAACGUCAAGUACUUGGCGAAGCCGGGCGUGCACCGUGCGGCCUCGACUCUUCGGCGUAGCCGCCGGGGACACGCAACCAAGAAGACGGGUGACAUCACUCAGAAGGGCUAUGAAAAGAAGCGGACGCGACUGCUUGCUCCCUAUGUCCCCAAACAGUCUCAGGCUCCAUCGUCCGGCCGGCAGCAGCCCCGCCAGCGCCGAACGCAGCGGCGUGUCACGCACAACGAGAAGAGAUACCACUCAGCGGCGCCGGGAGGCGGACCGUCUGCGGCCGGCGGGGGCGGGGGCGGCUGUGGCUCGGGGUCCAGCAGCCCCGGCGCCAGGGCGCGCCGCCGAGGCAACCGGCGGCUCACGCGCAACGAGAGCCGCUACCACUCUGAGGUGCGGCAGGAGGCAGUCCAGCAGGCGCUGGCGGCGAUGCAGGGCCGGCCCAAGCCAUCACUGCCGAUGCCAUCCAAGCGAACCUCCGUCAUGGCCAAGAGCCCAGACCGGGACCGCGACCGGCACGACUCUGCAUCAAGCUCUGAUGAAGACAGUGUGGUAAAUGAGGGUGGUGGCGACGUGCAGAGCACACCAGAGCGAGAGCGUGCAGUCGUGCCACGAUCUCAUCAGCAUGGGCACCAGCACCCGCAGGGGCAGCCACAGCUGCAGUCGGACACCAGCAGCACAGGUUCUGCCCGCGAGACGCCGCCACAGCAGCGGGAACGCUCGCAACAGCCUCGUCACACACGCCUUCCUAAUGGUGGCCCUGGGCUCACAGUUUGGGAUGAGCGUGAUGUUGCUGACAUCACUGAUGUCAUGCACAACAUGCGACCCUAUUCUCAGCCACCUGAUGUUACCCACAACACAGCACAGUCUCGUCGCCUGACAGCUGCUGACAGAGUCAAUCGGUAUAACCAGUCGAGGCAGUCUUCAACAUCAGAUGACAAUAUGGGUACUGGGAGAUGGAAAGUGUCUGCAAAGAUCCAGCAACUCCUCAAUACACUCAAGAGGCCAAAGCGUCGACCUCUUCCAGAGUUCUAUGAAGAUGAUGAUAUAGAACUAGAAAUUGCGGCAAAUCCUAAAGAUCCAAAUGCACCCAAACCAGAAGGCAGUUCGAUGACUUCUGCAAUUGGAGAGCAACUUGUGGUACCAUCUGGAUUACCAAGAAAUCUGGAGGCUGCCAUUCAAAGGUAUGGCUCUGCAUCAUACAAAGCUCCUGUAGCAACUGUUCUAGACCCCAAUGGAAAGCUGACCAUCACUCUAACUUAUGGAAAGCUUCUCAGUAGAUCACAGAAAAUUGCUUACACUUUGCUUAACAAGGCCUUCAGCAAAGGUGGUGAUACUUGUCUGAAGCCUGGUGACAGAAUUGCCCUUGUUUACCCAAAUAAUGAUCCUAUAAAUUUCAUUUGUGCCUUUUAUGGGUGCUUGCAAGCUGGAAUUGUGCCAGUUCCAAUUGAAGUUCCUCUGACAAGACGGGAUGCAGGAUCACAACAGAUAGGAUUCCUGCUAGGCAGCUGUGGCAUUCAGGUUGCAUUGACGUCCGAAGCAUGCCUAAAAGGUCUGCCAAAAACUGCCACUGGUGAAGUAGUGGCAUUUAAAGGUUGGCCCAAACUGCAGUGGUUUGUUACUGAACACUUAGCAAAGACACCAAAAGACUGGCUUCCCCCUCCAAGACUGACAGAUGACACGCCUGCAUAUAUAGAGUACACAACAGACAAAGAUGGUUCAGUCAUGGGUGUCACCGUUACCCGAACAGCUAUGCUGGCUCACUGCCGUACACUCACAAUGGCCUGCAGUUACACUGAAGGUGAAAACAUGGUGUGUGUCCUCGACUUCAAACGAGAAGUUGGACUGUGGCACAGUGUUCUCACAAGUGUUCUCAAUGGCAUGCAUGUGAUUUUUAUACCAUAUGCACUCAUGAAAGUUAACCCAGCAUCAUGGAUGCAGAUGAUCACCAAAUACAGAGCAAGUGUUGCAGUUGUAAAAUCUCGGGACCUGCACUGGGGCUUGUUAGCGACGAAAGACCAUAAAGAAGUAAGCUUGUCAUCUCUCAGGUUGCUGUUAGUAGCAGAUGGGGCAAACCCGUGGUCGCUCUCCUCGUGUGACCAGUUUCUUGGUGUCUUCCAAGCCAAAGGCCUUCGUCCUGAUGCCAUCUGCCCAUGUGCUAGCUCCAGUGAAUGCCUCACAGUGUCUGUGCGAAGACCUGGCAGAGCUGGAGUAAAUGCUACUGGUCGAGGAGUUUUGUCAAUGUCGGGUCUCAGUUAUGGUGUCGUUCGCGUUGAUCAAGAAAAUUCACUGACCUCUUUAACGUUGCAAGACUGUGGUCAGGUCAUGCCUGGCAGUGUGAUUGUGGUUGUGAAAAUGGAUGGACCAUCGUACCUGUGUAAGACUGAUGAAGUAGGUGAGAUUUGUGUGAAUUCAAGUGCAACUGGCAGCCAGUACUGGGGACUGCAAGGUCUGACAAACAGCACAUUCAGAGUGCAGCCUCUCCACAGUGACAGCAAGCCGAUUGGGGAAGCCGAAUAUGUUCGCAGUGGCCUCCUUGGAUUUCUUGGGCCUGGUGGUCUUGUGUUUGUCUGUGGUUCUCGAGAUGGCUUGAUGACAGUGACAGGAAGAAAACAUAACGCUGAUGAUAUUAUUGCAACAGUGCUGGCUGUAGAACCAAUGAAAUUUAUUUACCGCGGUCGUAUCGCUGUCUUCAGUAUCAGAGUGUUACGUGAUGAACGAAUAUGUGUGAUAGCAGAACAACGACCUGACUGCAGUGAAGAAGAGAGUUUCCAAUGGAUGUCACGGGUUCUCCAGGCAGUUGACUCAAUUCAUCAAGUUGGCAUCUAUUGUCUGGCUCUUGUGCCACCAAACUACUUACCUAAGACACCUCUUGGUGGAAUUCAUCUCUCAGAAACAAAGCGUCGGUUCUUAGAGGGAACUCUUCAUCCAGCUAAUGUGCUACUUUGCCCGCACACUUGUGUCACAAAUCUGCCCAAACCUCGUGAGAUACAUUCAGACGUUGGGCCUGCCUCUGUCAUGGUAGGCAACAUAGUGCAAGGCAAUCGGCUUGCAUCUGCCCAAGGAAGAGACAUGGGAAUUGUGGAUGAGGAAUCUGACUCAGCAAGGAAGUACCAAUUCAUAUCGGAAAUUCUGAAGUGGAGGGCACAGAGCACAGCUGACCAUGUUAUAUUUACAUUGCUCAAUAGUAAAGGAACUGUAGCAGUCACACUUUCCUGCUCACAACUACAUAAGAAAGCUGAAAGGGUUGGCAACCUUUUACUCGAGAAAGGAAAGAUCAAUACAGGCGAUCAUGUGGCACUCAUCUUCCCACCUGGAAUUGAUCUCAUUUGUGCAUUCUAUGGUUGCCUUUAUGUUGGUGCUGUGCCAGUAACAAUAAGACCACCACAUCCUCAAAAUUUGCAGACUACACUUCCUACUGUGAGAAUGAUUGUUGAUGUCAGCAAAUCUGUCCUUGUUUUAUCCAAUCAGAAUGUAAUAAAGCUUCUAAAAUCCAAGGAAGCAAGUAAUGUGGUGGAUAUAAAGUCUUGGCCUAUCACACUUGACACGGAUGACAUGCCAAAGAAGAAGCUGCCUACAAUGUAUCGGGCACCAACUGCAGAAAUGCUGGCUUACCUAGAUUUCAGUGUUUCAACAACGGGCAUGCUAGCUGGCAUUAAGAUGUCUCAUGCUGCAGUGACAUCACUUUGUAGAUCAAUGAAGCUAGCCUGUGAACUCUAUCCUUCUCGUCAUAUUGCGUUGUGUCUUGAUCCUUACUGUGGUCUUGGAUUUGCUCUGUGGUGCCUAAGCAGUAUUUAUUCUGGGCAUCACUCAAUUCUAAUUCCUCCAUCAGAAGUGGAAGUGAAUCCUGCACUUUGGCUCUCUGCUGUCAGUCAAUACAGAGUGCGUGACACUUUUUGUUCGUAUGGUGUUAUGGAAUUGUGUACCAAGGGCCUGGGUACAUCAGUGAACCAACUAAAGCAGCGUGGUAUCAAUCUUGGAUGUGUGCGGACAUGUGUGGUAGUUGCAGAAGAACGUCCACGUAUUUCACUUACUACCAGUUUUUCUAAACUGUUUUCAGCAUUAGGGCUCAGUCCACGUGCAGUAUCCACUAGUUUUGGAUGUCGUGUGAAUGUUGCCAUUUGUUUACAGGGUGCAUCUAGUCCAGAGCCAUCAACAGUUUAUGUUGACCUACGAGCACUAAGAAAUGAUAGGGUCUCUCUAGUAGAGAGAGGGAGUCCUCAUUCCCUGUGCUUGAUGGAAUCGGGUAAACUGUUGCCUGGAGUAAAAGUUAUAAUUGCCAACCCAGAAACAAAGGGUCAGUGUGGUGAUUCCCAUCUUGGAGAGAUUUGGGUGCAGUCCAGCCACAAUGCAAGUGGGUACUUCACAAUUUAUGGAGAUGAGAGCGACUACGCAGACCAUUUCAAUGCUCGUUUGGUGACAGGCACCACAGGGGAGACAUAUGCCCGUACUGGAUAUCUCGGCUUCCUAAGGAGAACAGAGUGCACUGGUCAGCAGCAAACAAGCACAGUGAUCGGAAGCAGUAUCGGAGAACAGACCUCAGCAGUGUUGGGCGCAGGAGGUGAGGGCUGUGACUCCCCUGCUCCUACACAGCCCCUGCUGGAUGCUCCAGAGUUACAUGAUGCUGUGUUUGUGGUUGGUGCACUUGAUGAGACUAUUAUGUUAAGAGGAAUGCGGUAUCACCCUAUAGACAUAGAAAAUAGUGUCAUGCGAUGCCAUAAAAAGAUUGCUGAAUGUGCUGUAUUCACAUGGACAAAUUUACUGGUGGUGGUGGUUGAACUGGAUGGGAAUGAAAAUGAAGCUCUCGAUCUUGUUCCUCUCGUUACGAAUACUGUUCUGGAGGAACACCAUCUUGUUGUCGGAGUAGUGGUUGUUGUUGAUCCAGGUGUAGUGCCAAUUAACUCCCGUGGAGAGAAACAGCGCAUGCAUCUUAGAGAUGGCUUCCUUGCUGAUCAACUAGACCCCAUAUAUGUAGCAUACAAUAUGUGAUGAGGUUCAGUGGUCUGUAGACCAUUCCUGUGGAACUGUGAGACUGGCCAUACCUGGAGAAAUUAUUCAGUUGUUGUGUGCGUCACAAUUAGUCUGUGUAUUCCAGAAUACUUGUCAUGACGACAGAUUUGAAGACAUUAGAAGUGUGUGAAAUAUUUUGAUGCCUAGUAUGAAUUUAUAACAGAAACAGUGUGACAUUGUAUGUUGCCACUUUCCGGCAAAGGUGGCAGACAUCGACUGCAUUGUGCCACUAAUAGACAUAUGUUGAUUUCAUGCAUAACUGAACUACCUAGAGAACCACUUUUGUACUUGUAAUAUUAGUGGUGGUUCUUUUAAAGUGUGUGAUUCAAGCAUCUGCUAAAGACUCUCAGUUGAGCAGCCUGUACGGUGCACUAAUUUUGUGAUUUUUUGUGACAGUUGUGAGUUUAUGGACAAGCUCAAAAUCAACACUAUCUACAGUGGGUUUAAAAUGUCUUAAAAUUUGUUUUCUGUCAACGAUAUUUCCGUUGAAUGGUGAACUGACUGUACUGUAUAUUUAAUAUAAAAAGCUACAAAUGACUGUUACUUCAUCUUUUUCCAUCCACAAGUGCAAUGAUUACUGCACACACUGAAGUCUGUGAUCUGAGAUUCUUUCCCAUGUCCCUUUAACAGUGAGGAUUAGUCAGUGAAAUUGCAUGGAUGUGAAAGAACCUGCCCAAAAUUCACGAAGAAAAGAGAAUACCGCAAACCUGAAGCCACAACUGUGAAAGUGUUUAGAAUAGAGGGACCAUUGGACAUAGCUUGUACUUUUACCACUGUGAUGUAACCAGAUUUGCUUACAGGCAUUGUAAGCCUUGGGCAUUUGACUUCGCUCAAAGAAAAUACAAUUAUCAAAGGCAUCUGCACCUAUGAUUUUGAAUAGUGUUAAACUUUUAGAUUUUAAUGUGAGACAGUACAUAACUGAUGAUGUGGUGAAGAAAAAUAAACUUCGAGCAGGAUUUCUAGUAUGGUUGGCUGUGUGAUUAUAGACUGCCCGAUAUUAAGUCAUCAUUAUGCCUUCAGCUCGUAAACAUGUCUAGCGAUACAACUCACCGUUAGGAAUGUGUAAAUGCAUGUUCUGCAUACAUUACAUAACAGAAAUAAAGUAAUUUUGUGUACAUUUAUGUAAUAUACUUUUAACAAAUUUGUGUGAAAUGUGACAACUAGCUCUGAUUUUUUUUUCUGUCACGCUUAAUUUAAAAAAAAGGUCCCUAUAAUGAGUGUUGCUAUUAUCGACACCAAGCGAUUUAAAAAUCUGUUGACUCUCUUUUUUUUAAAAAAUUACAUUCUAAUUGCUAAUGCUUAUGUAUUUAUGUAACAGACAAAGUGCUUCUUUGGCAGCUUACAUUAUUUUCUUUCAUAGUAAGUCUUAAAGAAACAUACGCCCUGUUAUCAUCACCCAUCAUUGUCGUCAUUGUCAUCACCAUCACCAUCAUCAUCCGUCAUCAUCAUCAUCAUUAUUGUUAUUUGAAGCACAAUAACAACAAUUUAGCAAAAGACAGAGCUGACUUCAUGCAUUUUGUGUGAUACUCAUGUAAUACAAGCAACAAUGCCAUGUAAAGAAUUGAUGUCUCAGUUUCUGAGUAUGAUAUUUUCUUUUUAUAUAUAUAUAUAACUUGUUUUGCUUGUGCUGACUAUUGUAUUUACUAUUUCUGUUAAAGCCUAGUGCAAUACUGUUGUGAAUUUGAAGGAAUUGAUUAAUUCAUGUAUCUAGUCUCUGUUAAUACUGGAACAUAGAUUAUAGUCUUGCCACGAUCACUGUGAACCUUUUUCUUAGAUACAUUACUUGAAAAUUAAUGUAAGAAUGGAAUUAUGUUAAAAUGUAUUUCACUUGUGCCAACACAGAAAGACAACAUAAGUCAUUUGUCCUUGCGUGAAAAAUGAUUUGAUUCUUAAAGUAUUAAACAUAUAAAAAUGUCGUAAAUCAAAUGCUGGGUGGUGUUAUAGUCUGCACAAAGCCUAGUAUGUUCAAAUACUCCCAGAAGAAUCAUUGCAAGACUGCAUGAAAGGGAGGAAAUUUACUGUUUUCAUGGCCAAUGUCUUUCAUCAUCUGGUAGCACAAUAUAAAAACUUUUGUUAUAACUUUAUGAAACAGUCUCACUAUUGUUUGGUUAGUAUACUACACAAAUUUUAAACAGCAGUAUUUGUUUUAAGAAUAUUUUCAAGCACAGAUAAAUUGAAAUUGUUUGGCUUUGAAGUGGAUUAUCUUUAUGAUUGUUAGGUUUCUUUGUGAUCACGAUACUAGUGAACAUUACUAAUGUGAGUUCUUGAUGUGAGUUCUUGAAGAAAUUGUAUUUGAUGAAUUGAGGAGGGAAAAAAGUGACUGAAUGCUUUAACACAGACCAUACCAUAUGGAGUAAGGCAAUUUUGUAAAUUUUUUAUGGAAAUGCUUUUAUAUUUUGUAUUGUUUUGGUGAACUUCUUUUCAACAGAUUUAGCUGUAGCUAUUUUCAUCACUGAGAAAUACAUUUCCAAAAGCCCAGUGUACUGAAUAUUCUUGUAUUUCCAAUGUCAAUAUUGCUGCAUUGCUUCUGUACCUCAUUUGAUGAAGAGCCCUGAUAUAAAAUUCUACUGCAUCUGGAUAAUACACAUUUGGUUAAAAUGUUAAUUCAUUGAAUAGCAGUGCAAACUAGACAAUUCAUACAAUAAACAGCAUUUAAUUGUGGAAGACUUGCAAUAUUUCAGUGCUACAUUAAAGAAAAUUAUGUUUUAACUUGUGUAACUGUGUGAAACAUUAUAACCAUGUCCUUACUUCCAAAUGUCAGGGCUCUUCCCUAAAUGCAUAUAGAAGGGAACUUUGAUAUUUUUAUAUGAAGGUUGGUGACCUUUUCCUUACUUCAUGUGGUGAGCUAAAUAGGAACACUGUCACACAUAUUGAUCAAAGUUCAUUUAUGUCUUGUCUAAUCUCUGCACAAAAGGUGAAUUACAACAAAGCGUUGGUAUUUUUAAGCCACUAUACUGUUGUUUGAUGUAGAUUGUGUAUUAAGUUUUAGCCAUAAGUUAACUCCUUCAAGGGAGUUUCUUGUAAAUAACCUACCAGAAAGGUUUACAUCAUUGCACAUUAAUCCUUCUUGUAACUCCUACUUAAAGUAUAUAAAGGUGUCUGUUAUAAGAUGCCAUAUGCUUUAUAUAGCUCUUUAUCAUGAAACAUGGGCUACCGUUAGUAAUUGUUACUGAUCUUUUCACUCUUCCCUAAGAUGCAUAUUGCCUGUUAACCAAACACAAAGUAAACAGAAAUGAUUUCAGGCACAGCUGAAAUGUGAUAGUGCAAAAACUGCCUUCAUUUUUGAAUAAAAAAUUAUGUAAAUUUUGCAUUUUCAUACAUCAACGUACAAAGUAUCCUAGAUAAUUUGAAAAUUUACCGUCACUAUCUAAAAUAUCACUUUGAUGAAAAUUAUUAAUCUUUUACUUUGUGGAAGGUUACUAAGAGCAAUUUUUAUGUAACUCGUCUGAAAUGUGACAGAUAUAUUUUUGUCAAUUCAGUAAAAUCAUUUUGAGUAUAUCUGUAGAACAUUGCCGACAUAAACAAAUCAUCAGUAACAUUCCGAAAGGGAGGAGGGGAGGCAUUUUUGUUUUUGUAUAGCCUUUUGUAAAAUAAACUAAAACAAAUGGAAUUUA